AUGGAGUUGUUCCAUCAAACCUAUUGUAUUGAUUACAAUGGAUGGGUUAGCGGUGCAUCAAAGCUUCCACCGCCGAAGCAAGUUGACUUCUCAUCGCAAACCAUCCCGGAACUGGUCUAUACAAGGGCCAAGAGUGAUCGUGUAGCCGUAGUUUUUGAUGCCGAAAAAGUUUCAUACACAUUUGCAAAAGUGGCCAAUGAGAUGGAAAUGCUUGCUGCUGGACUCCUCUCCAUUGGAUUGACUCCUGGCGACCGUAUACUGAUCUGUGGAAGUAACCACUCGCAAGUGUUCUUGAGUGCUUUUGCCGCAUGCAGAGCUGGAAUGGUGUUUUCAUUGGUGAAUCCGAAUUUCCACGAUGCUGACAGCUUUUUCCGUGCAUUAAAAGUGGGUGAUUUCAAGGCAGUGAUCUGCUUCCGGGCCAACGACACUCAGGAUUAUCUUUAUUCACUUCUGAAGCAGAUUUGUCCGGAACUGACAAAGUCCCAUAAAGGUCAGCUGAAGAGUGUCAUCUUGCCAAACCUCACUCAUAUCAUUCUUGCUGAAGAGGAUCAUCGCCACAGUGGAUGCUAUACACUGUCCGAAGUAUUCGGCCGAUCGUCAAAGGAAAGAAUCGAGAAAUUGCCAAACUAUGCAAACUGGAGCAGCCACAAACUCGCAUGUCUCCAAUUCACCAUGGGUACAACAUCUGAACCAAAGCUUGUCGCCCUUUCGCAUUUCCAGCUGCUCAAUGGAGCUCGGGCGGUUGUGACAUCAUUCGGGAUCAAAAAAGACCAAACACUAGCAUGUGCAUUGCCAUUGUUUCGACUGCCAAUCUUCACUUUGGUUUGCCUUUCACCGUUCCUCACCGAUUCGCGUACGGUCUUCCCAGCACCACAGCCGCUUCCGAAAAGCCUUUUCGCAUCGGUCAAUAAAUACAGGUGUACGACACUGUUGACGAAUGGUGCAGCUCUUCGGUUACUUCUCAAGAUCAGCGAGACCCAAAGGGUUAAACUGGACAGUAUCGAGCAGAUCCUUCUGUUGGGUGACCGUGUCUCAAAAGAGGCACUGCGAAGUAUUCAAAAGCAAGCCGAUAAUGUGAAAAUUAUUGCGGUAGGUUACAUGCUCACUGAAACAGGAUCCAUACCGAUUAUGGGUGAUGCAACAACUGAUUUCACACGAAUGGUGGGCAGAGCAAUAGCUGGCUAUGAGACACACUUGAAACCGCUCAAUGGAGACGGUGAAGUAAAGCCGGGACAGCUGGGAUUGCUAUUAAUUCGAGUUUAUUACGGCAGCACAUUUAUGGGAUAUGCUCCUGAUACGAGUGGAAAGGAAAAAUGGGUAGAAACUGGAGAUGUGGCACGUGUGGACGAUCAAGGAAGUAUCGAAAUUGUCACCAACAAAGAUGACCUUAUCUACGACAAUAAUAACGGCCUGGUCGAACACUGGAAUAUCGAAAGGCUACUGAAUCAGAACGAUUUGAUUAAAGGAGUUCAGGUGGUGUCAGUUGGACGGGGUCAACCAGUGACGGCGGUAUGUGUACUGCGAAACGCCCAAUCCAAUGUCGCCCACGUUCGAUCCGAACUUGCUUCAAUGUGUAGAAAGCACAAGUUUCCUGUACCUGAUCUCUUUGCCUUCGUGCACGACUUUCCACGAAUACAUACUAAAAUACAAAAGUAUCGCAUCCGAGAAAAAUUACGAGACUCUUCUAUUUCUUUUCCUGUACCUGAUCUCUUCGCCUUCGUCCACGACUUUCCACGAAUACAUACUAAAAUUCAAAAAUAUCGCAUCCGAGAAAAAUUACGAGACUCCUCUAUUUCUGUGUUUUGA